CUCUGCAACAGGCUGUGGGCGGAAAGGAGGAGCCAGAGAAAGUGCGGUCCAGGCAGAGAGGCCCCGGACCCCGUAGAGGCCCCCUGCUCUUCUGGCUCCGCCCCUAUCACCCCCACCCACCCAGGGCAUAGAAAUACUGCUGCAGUCCGGGCCACCGCCCACUGCACUGCGACCCUGUAGGGACUUCGCCUCUUACAUCUCUGCAGCUUAUCUGCCCGUGCUCUGCGCCCAUGGCUAAAGGUCCCUUUUCGCGCAAGCCCUGGGGACCAGAGCAGAUGUAUUUCGACUCUGACCCUGAGUACGAGGGCCUGUUCGAUAAGCCUCCCCAGGAGGAGGGCCACACUGCGCGUGCACCUAAGUCUGCGUCCUCGGCUGGCAGGAAAUCUGGUCGGCGUUGGAGCGGGAGGGCUUCGGGGACCCGCGCUGGGUUGUCCCGAAAGGCCGCCGUGCGUCCAGAGCCCAAGGAAGAAGAGCCUCCGGUGGACGAGGGCUGCUACCUUGACCACUUCCCACACCUCUCCAUCUUCAUCUACGCGGCCAUCGCCUUCUCCAUCACCUCCUGCAUCUUCACCUAUAUCCAUUUGCAGCUUGCCUAAGCGGCCAGGGCCGGACGGGGUGGGCGCACAGUCGGGGGGAAAGGGGGGAGGGGAAAGAGAAACGUAGCCUUUUGUUUCGGAGACGCGCUGCACCCCCUUCAUCUAGCGUUCGAUGCUUCUUUUCUUUGUUGUCGCUUUGUCUAACUGUUCAUCAGACGGUCCAGAGUCGCUGCAGGCAAUGAAAUAGCUAUGCUGCUUGCACCCGUACAUUGAGUGCAUUUAGUAUAAUCCUGGAUUGAAUUGAACCCCGUUUGUAAUUAGAUGUCUCUGUAUCCUUCCACUUUGUGACGUAAGGGCCCAGCAUUGUUGUGUUUGUAGAGCGCAGAGUCCCACCCCCUGUUGUUUAAAGGAUGAACCAGGCCCAAGCCUGCAGCCUCCCUGAGAAGGUAUGGCAAGGAGUCAGCACCCUGACUCGGGGGAGUGCUGGAGCCUCAUGAUGCUGCGUCACCCCGGGAUGAGCCAGUUGUGCCUAGUUCUUUCCUUCAGGAUUCUGAGAGCACCAAACUGGCAGACCUGGGAGAGCAGCUGAUAUGGCUGGAUGCUGGAGGAGGUUUUGUGGCUACCAGAAGGAUCCACAGCCUGUAAUAAGCAGAACUGACCACCAGAAAGCCAACACUCAAGACGGGGUUUUUGAAUUGUGUGGAACAGGAGACCACAGUUCUUCAGAGAUGGAUGCCUAGAAUUCGUGUAUUCCUUAAGACUGGAGGCUUUCCUUUGCCGCGGUCCAUAGGAGGACUGUGCUAGAGAAUUCUCUGGUGACUUCAUUUCAGCAUGGAGGCCUCUAGAACUGUGGUACCAAGAUGAAGGUUCUGGGACUAAGGACUGUCAGUAACAUAGUUCCUGCUGAAAUUUGUCAUCUCAGACUCAAAAAAAUGAAUACCAGAGCUCACUUUUGCAGGUUAUUCACCCACCUAGUGUUUAUUCAUGUCAGAUGUCCAAAUGCAUUACUUUAAUACUGCUAUACUCUGGAAAUGUCUAUAAUUGCAGUAUGUCUGAUGAAAUAAAUCAUAUUUCCAGUCUCA